UCAGAAGAUGACCUGUUUGAUUUAUGAGACAAAUUGCAAAUUGAUAAUUUAGCUAACUGUGAAGUGUAUGAUAACCAUCGUUCUUUUAAUAAAAGCUUUUUGAUUGAAUCGAAAAAUGAAAUUAAAAUUAAAGAAGAAAAAUAUUUAACUGAUAUUAAUAUACAUGAAAAAAUGGAUGUACAAAAGACUAUAGCAGAACAAAAUUUAAAUGAGUUUAAUCAAAAUAAAGAACAUGAAAAUUUAGUCACUUUUGAAAAAAGUAUUAUUACAGGACAAGAUGUUAUAAAUACAUUAAAUCAAUCCAAAGAAUAUGAAAAUGUAGUAGCUAUUGAAAUGUCUGAACAGAUUGAAGAACAGAAUUCUAUACUGGAUAAAUCAAGUCAAUCUGAAGAACAUGAUCAUUUAGUUAGGAGUGAAGUAGUUGAUGAAAUUGAUUCUAUAGUGGAUAAAUCAAGUCAUUUUGAGGAACUUGAUUUACUAAACUUACCAAUCAAGACUAAUCACAAUCAAUCAAGUUUACUAGAGAUUAUCUUUGAUGACUUAGUAAACUCCACGCGAAAUCCAUUUGAGGAACGAAGUGUUGUACUUAAUGGAAUAUUAAUACCUACAAAAAUAUACAUCAUUAAUAAAGAAGAAAAAGAAUUAAAAUUCAUCAAUACAUGUGCAUUUGAUAGUCUUUUCGAAAUUUCUGUUAAUAUGUACUUGCAAAGUUCAAGUAUUAGAACUAUGUUUACACGUCUAGAUACUACGUCUUCAAUUAAUUUUGCAAGUGCCAUACUAAAUUAUAUCAAAAAUUUUGAUUUAGAUCAAUUAUAUCAAGAUAGGGCAACAAUAUUACUCCCACUUUUUAAAGAAGUAAUUGCUGUAGUAAACUGUCGAGUUAAUGUAAAUAACUUGUUCAAAGCAUUAUUUGAAUCAUAUAAUACUUAUACUAUAAGACAUUCUAAUUGUUAUUGCGGUCACAGUGAACAAAAAUCAUUAUUUACUCAUUCAAUUUCAACUAGAGAUAUAUUUUAA